AUGUCGAGAGAAGGGCGCUCGAUAUGUGUGCUGCGGAAAGUGGUGCUGGAUGGAUUCCUCAUUGCUGGAUUGACCGUAUGUCUGUUCGCGAUGAAGUUGCUAUGGGAGCCCUUCAGCCGAGGGUUCUUCUGCGACGACGAGUCCCUCAAGUACCCCUACCACGAAAACACAGUUACCACGCUCGUGCUGAGAUUAUAUGGACUGGGGCUACCCUUUUUAGUUGUAUUGGUCUGUGAAUGGAUAAUCCUGCGGAAAGAACCCAGUGACACAAAAGUAUUCGGCUUGAGCAUUCCGACCUGGAUUCGUGGGCUGUACUGCACAGCGGUGGCCUUCGGCCUCGGCGCAUUGUUCGUUGAGUUAUCCACUGAGAUGGCCAAGCAUGUCAUCGGGAGACUCAGGCCUCACUUCUUUGAUUUAUGCCGGCCCUCAAUCGACUGCAGUUUACCUGAAUGGCACGGCCGCUACGUCCUACCCUCGGAGUACUACUGCACAAGCAACAGCAGCCAGAUCAAGGACAUGCGAAAGUCAUUCCUCAGCGGACACUCAUCCUUCGCGGCCUACACCAUGGUCUUCGUGGCUCUGUACCUCGAGCGGCGGAUGACCUGGCGAGGAACCCGCGUCCUCCGUCACUCUCUACAGUUCUCCGCUCUCAUGAUCUCUUGGUUCACCGCGCUCUCUCGAGUGUCGGACUACAAGCAUCACUGGAGCGACGUGCUAGCUGGCUACAGCUUGGGCAUUGUCUUCGCUAUACUAGUGGUGUACUGUGGCAUAGACCUGGUGCAGAAGAAAAAGAACCACACCAUCGUGCCUCAAAACGACGUGUACGUCAUCGGACCGACUCACGCGUAGUACAGCCUGAAAGAACUAGUCUUAGCACCACUUGCACCGUCCCGCUAACCCGGGGUUAACCGGUUAAAGAAGAAGCACCACACCAUCGUGCCUCAAAUCGAUGUGUACGUCAUCGGACAGACUCACGCGUAGUACACCCUGAGGGCCACUUGCACCAUUCAUUAACCCGGGGUUAACCGUUUAAGCCCGUGAGUUACUAUGGUUACCAGUACAAUUUGACACUAGGUUAACAGUUUAACUGGUCAACCCUGGGUUAGUGGGAUGGUGCAAGUGGCGCUGAGAGAACUAGUCU